AUGGAAAACUUGAAAUAUCGUGUUAUUUACGAGUACGAGUUCCACCGUGGUUCCAGUGCUGCGAAAACGGCUCGAAUGGUUAAUGAUGUGUAUGGCGGUUGUAUCGCAAAAGAAAACAGUGCGUUUUUGGUUUCAACGUUUUCAUUUUGGAAAUUUCUACCUGCGGAACAAGCCCCGUGGCCGGCCGUAGACCCAAGUUAAUAAUGAAUAAUUGAAGGCUAUUCUGGUAGCGGAUCCAUUGCGAACCACAUCCGAGUUAGCUACAGGCUGCGGUGUUAGUGAUAAAACUGUUUAAUCCACUUGAAGCAAAUUGGAAAGAUUAAAAAGCUUGAAAGUGAAGCAAACCGGCAAACGCGCUUCAACUGCUGCGUUACAUUACUUAAUCGGCACAAUAAUUUUUAAAUCGAAUCAU